CGCGCCUCUGCGUAACUAUUCCACCUGCCUGCGCAGACGUUUGCGCUGAGUGUGCGCAGGCGAUAAGAGGGGAGGUGGAAAGCGCGUGGAUGGGGCGGGAAUAUACAAACAGUCCCGCGUGUAUAAAACUCAUGUGUCCAACACAAACUCUUGGAGACGCACGAAGUGCUCUUGGACAUAUUCACUCACCCAUCAUCAUCAUAUUCUGAGAUAUAUUGUGAAAGAAGGACACGAGAAUGGUCUCGUUGCUCGCCGUUGUGACUGUUUAUCUUGCCGUUUGCGGAGGAAUCACUGCAAAUGCUCAAGCUGGAUCUGUGUUACGGAACUCCAUCAGACAUCAACCCGCCGCAUCCAACCCGAGUGAUGCGGUCAGCGCGAGCCCGCGCGUAACCGGCACCGAGGACAGCGCCGCGCCGGCGUUACCGUACUGCUCGGUUGAUUCUGAAUGCAGACUCGGUGAGUUCUGUAACGGGUCCCGGGGAGUCUGUCUGUCCUGUCGCCGGCGGAGGAAGCGCUGCGCACGAGACGGGAUGUGCUGCGGAGGAAACAAAUGCAUUAACGGUGUGUGCCAACCUGCUGAUAUAGAUGCCACUCAACAGGCUGGCAAAACGGAUGCGCCUACUGCAGCAGUAACACGAGGGCAGAACUUCACCAUGAUGCCACAUCCAAAAAGAAACACAGUCCUGACAAGACCGCAGCAGUCACUGAAAGGUGGCGAGGGCGAGACGUGUUUGCGGUCCUCCGAUUGUCUGGAAGGGCUGUGCUGCGCCCGGCACUUCUGGUCACGCAUCUGUAAACCCGUGCUGACGGAAGGGCAGGUGUGCACGCGCCACCGGAGGAAAGGGGCCCACGGUCUGGAGAUUUUCCAGCGCUGCGACUGCGGGGUCGGUCUGACCUGCAGGGGCCAGAGAGAGAAAGUAGGAGCAGAAACUAGAAACCUGCAUACCUGCCAACCGCGCUGACCCCGCAGACGCAGAACCGCUCUGUGCGCCACACGACACAUGCAUGCAGACACAUGUGCAGCUGCGACAAAUGAGAACUGACUCCACGGAAGGAUGCGCCAUUAAAAGGACCGAUCGUAUUUCCCGGACGGUCGCAGAGAAACUGCAGCGUAUGGAUGUUUCUAUUGUACACUCUGCUAUGUAAGACUUUAUUUCCUGGAUCAUCACAAAAGGCAGAUUGCUUUUGUUUCCCUUUAUAAGGAACUUUUUAUUCUUCUUGCAGUAAAUUACUGUAUUGUAAAUACGUAGUCAGAAAUUGCACUUAACACUGCGCAUAUGGAUUCUAUAAUAGUCUAUUUUAUGAUUCACAUAUUGUAAAUGUGCAAACAGUAUGAUUUAAUUGUUAUCAGUACUCUGUUUUUUUAUUUUAAGGAAACUGUAAAGAUAUUUGUGUGAUUAAAAUAUAUCAUUGAAGUAAUAUUAACAACCGACGGACUUGUGCUCUGUAUUCUCUGAUGGAUGUUUCUGAUCCAGACUGCCACAGCUGCAAUCUAAAGAAACCACUUAGGGAUAUUUUUAAUCUAAUGUCUUACACUGUUCGCUAUAUUCCGCGGGUUAAACUUCCAGCAUCCAGGGACACUAAACUUUGCAAAAAAUACGCUAUAUAUUGUGUAGCAUUGUGUAGCAUUACAUUUGUAAGUUGCUUUGGCUAAAAGCGUUUGCUAAAUGAAUAAAUGUAA